UCUAUCGCCAAGCGCAAUACAGUUCAUUAUUAUAUAUAUACAUUGAAUAAAGUGAUUAUUAGCAUUGAAUCUCGCUCGGGAGCUUAUUUAUCAAUAUUGCUUUUCCAUCCACUGUAAACUUCAACAGGUUAUGGGCCCAAUGACGUAUUGAAAGGUAAAAGAAAGAACAUGUGUGAGAAAUGCAUUUUUUCUUUCUUCAAGGUUAGAAUCGAGAUUCAGUUCUUGAAGUCUUAGUCACGUACACGAGUCGAAAAUCAGAAUGGCGUCAUCCAGCACGGUCAGAAUUGAAUUACUCAAUAAAGAAAAUUAUGAUACGUGGAAAAUACAAAUGCAAGCGCUGCUGAUAAAAAACGAAGCGUGGGCGUACGUAAGCGGACACAAACCGAAAUCUGAAAUAACUCUUCAAAAUGAAGAGGAAGUGAAUAAAUGGAUCCUCGAGGAUGAAAAGGCAAGAGCCGACAUAAUAUUUUCGAUCAAACCAUCGCAAUUAAAACAAAUAAAAGAAUGCAGAACAUCGCGCGAAUUAUGGUUAAAAUUACAAUCGAUUUAUCAGUCAUCAGGACCAGCAAGAAAAGCCACAUUAAUUAAACAGCUAACAUAUCAUCACAUGCAAAAAGGCAAGGACGUGCAGGAGCAUAUACAAAGAUUCUUUGAUGCAGUUGAUAGACUGAAUGAAAUGGAAGUCGAAAUCAAUAGUGAUUUACUUUCCGUAAUGUUAUUACACAGCCUCCCUCCUUCCUUCGGAAAUUUUCGCUGUGCAAUUGAAUCGCGCGAUACAUUGCCAUCUCCGGAAACUCUUCGCAUAAAGAUUAUCGAAGAAAGUCGCGCGAAAACAUGAAACUCGCGAAGGU